GUGCAUUUAUUCUCGAAACACAUGGUUUCAUUCUCAGUCGUUCAAUGCUUCUAGUUUUUUUUUUGUUUAAUAUAGUUUGUUACUAGUUAAUGCUUAUUAGAAUAUUGUUGGUCCUCGGGACCAAGGUAACAUUAAAGUCUCACCAGAUUCUUGGCUGGAUUAACGAGGAGGAGGACAUGACUUUCACACUAGCGAGAGAGAGCACAUAGGUUUGCGCCAAUAAGAACACAGUGCGUAAACAUAAAGCAAAACGGUAUAGUUUAUAAACCACUCUACAAAAGAGAGGAGUGAGGGAACAUAACAGAGCCUCCACUGGUCUCAGGUUCCGAUGAGUGACAAGCUCGUCUUCAGAAGCAGUACUGGGGUAGACUGUUACUACUUGGGAGCUUAUGGAGAGUAUUUGGAGAAGAGACAGAUGUUUCUCAGGAGCUACCAGUUCUCCAGGAAACAGAGCUUCACGGAGAAGGCUACGAGAUCUGCGAGGAGAGUGAAGAGGUUUGUGUGGACGAAGUUGAGAACAGCUAAGAGGUGGAAACGCGUUGUCUGGUCUCGACUCAGAACGGCGUUUUUCUACCGCCGGAAACGCUUUUUCCGUCUACUUCACUUACACGACGAACCUUCUUACUGCUUCUAAAGGUUUUAGAUUUGGUUGAACUCUUCAGAUGUAGUUUUCGUUACCGUCUUUGGUUAUGUUAUGUUAUGCUCAGAUCAACCACUGUAUAAUCUCGUUAUUGAUCAAAACAAUUGCAAUUUUUUCGUUAUAAA